UGCUUUUACCCCUCACUCUCCUCAUUCCGCCGUUGGGGAUACUCCCCUCUUUGUUUGGUUUACUGGCUGACUUUGGUAGUUUGAUCCGUGUCUAUAGUUAUCAAUUGAGAUAGAAUGGGUUCAACAGAGGGGUGGAGGGAUAGGUGGGAUGGAUAUAAAUCGUGAUAGUUGGCUGUCACUCUGUUGCGUCCAUUGACAGUUCAGUAUUGCUCUGUAUCGAUUCAAUCAAAUCACCAUGGCCACUCCCUUUGUUUACCACGCCAAGGCUCAAUCCACCUUUAAACCUCCGUUGAUUGCGAACGAGAAUGCCUUCCUGGGUGAUAUCGACUCAAGUGACCGGUAUAACCCCGACAAGCCCAUGACGGCCGGUUUCUACCGCCUCGAAAAAGGCACCCCCCUAGUCUAUGAAUACACCUACGACGAGAUGAAGAUCAUCCUCGAGGGCGAGUUCGAAAUUGCCGACGAGACCGGCCAGAAAGUGACGGCCACACCGGGGGAUGUGUUCCACUUCCCCAAAGGGACCAAAGUUACGUUUACGACGCCGUCAUAUGGGCUUGCUUUCUUCACCGGGCAACGAGCCAAGGGAGGGGCGUAAGGGAGAGAUAAAGCUCCAUAAAAUUCUCGGCGGGUCGGUCAGAUCUGGGAUCAAAACAAGGAACUCGAAAGGCUGGUUAGGUUCGGUAGUGGCCCAGGUUGGGGUUUGGUUCACGCUGAAAAUCUCGUUUGUUUGUUUGGGUCUCCGGCCUCGGACCAUGGAUCGCGUUCGGAUCCCCACCGCGUCUGGCUGUGACCGUGGUUCGGUGUAAACAGCUGCCAUCUUGAUCUAAAGAUCUGUACCAAGAUAUCAUGCAUGGGAUAUGGAAAUAUUGUCUUCUUCAA